AAAAUCAAAACUCCGCCGUUGCCGGCCCCAAAUCCGGAUGAAAAUAGAGGAGCGUUGGAGACCGUCGCAAGUCUCCGUAAAAUUCAGCCACCUGUCACUCGUGGUAUUGACGCCAUCAAAAAUUAUACCGGCUCGAUCGUCGCCCGGGAUACCAAGGGCCCAGCAGGCUGUUGGGGGACUGAGGCAGACAGCGAAAAGUCGGCGAUCAGAAUCUGCUCAUUGCCCUCUGCCAGGUGGGGGCAUGGCAGCACAACGACGGUUGACGAAGACCGACGCAACGACGACGAAGAUACCAGUCAAAAACGGAGUCGCCACCCGUUCUGAGGAGGCGGACAGCGCGAUGCCAUUACAGCACGUCAGAAAAGGCUCCACGGAAACGACACCACCAGUGGGACCUUAAA